UCAAUAAUGGACUCAGAAGACCGAACAGAAAGGAUUGUUGAUAUCUACGCCAGUGCAGAGGCUGUAAGAGACAUGAAACAUAAGAAAGAGACAGAAAACUUCAACACAGAAGAACCCCUAACACCUCGACACAGAGAAGACUUCAACACAGAAGAACCCCAAACACCUCGACACACAGGAAGUGAUGGUGUGACGAUCUCCAGAGCAGCUGGUGUGUGUUUGGGGCUGAUGUGUGUUCUUCUGAUGACUGCAGUCAUAGUGUUGUGUGUCAUCUUCACUCAAGAGAGACAACAGCUACUUACUAAAAUCACCAACCUCACAGAAGAGAGACAACAGCUGAAGACUAAGAUCACCAACCUCGCAGAAGAGAGACAACAGCUGAAGACUAAGAUCACCAACCUCGCAGAAGAGAGAGACCAGUUGAAAUCAGAAAGAAAAGAUCUUCUGAAGAAGUUUGCGGAUGGAUUGAAGUGCCAUCAAUCCAGUCUUUACUUCUUUUCCUCUGAGAAGAAGAACUGGGAUGAGAGCAGAAGUUACUGUAGAGAGAGAGAAGCAGAUCUGAUCAUCAUCAACAACAGAGAGGAACAAGAUUUUGUGAAGAAAAUUUGUGGUAGUUCUGAUAAUUUCUGGAUUGGUUUGACUGAUAUUGAAGAGGAGGGCACAUGGAAAUGGGUUGAUGGCAGCACACUGACCUCUGAGUUCUGGGCACCUGGACAGCCAGACAGCUAUCAGGGAACAGAUGAAGACUGUGCUAAUACUCAUUCAUCAGAAUGGUUUGAUACUCAAUGUAAAAAAAGUAUUAAAUGGAUCUGUGAGAAGAAUAUCCUUAAAUGAUACAUUAUAAUAACAAUGUACAUAUAUGCAUUAUGAACAAAUAAAUGUCAGUAAUUUUACCUGUUUAUUUUUUUAUUUUAUUUUUUUUGAAUGGCACAUUAAUUAGGUUAUUCUGUAAAAACAAAUACAAAAUAAAUAGA